UGUCAAGGCGGGUCACACUUGAAAUGAAAAGUAAAAGUAUUUUCCUCCUGGGCAUCAUCAUUUCAGGACAAAUGCUCAGGGACACAGCGAAGCUACAUGUAAAUGUGCUAAGGUUGAGCUGGUCAUUUCAGAUUACAGGAGUGCUCAGAUAUACUGAAGACAGCAGAUGGAUGUCUCUAAUAAUGAAGACAAAAGAGGAACUGUGGAGCCUCAUGAUGCUGUUUCUAAAAUCAGUAUCUGUGCCCAGAAUGGAAGCAUUAUUUCGGCACCUGUGAUACAGAACUCAACAGUCACUGGAAAUAUUAACAUUGCUCUUAAUUACUUCCCAGGACCUGAAUCUGAAGUCACAGAUACAAGCACAUUGAUCACCGAAUACAAGAAGUCCGUGCUGUCCGACUAUGUCUACAUUACAGAAUACACCUCCCGUGCCGGUGAACAGGUGCUGCUUAAUGACCGCUACACUGAACCGCUGAUUAUUCAGAAACACAGAGAAAAGGAAGAGCGAGAGAAUGAGAUGUGCUCCAGAGGGGAAAGAUUCUUCAGCACCAGAGAAACAAAUCAAAGAAACCAAAACAUCAGGCUUGAUCAGCUUUUCGGCCCAGAGAAUGGCUCCAAAAUGGUGACUGGAAAAGCUGUCAUUCUCCAAGGUGAUUCUGGAAGUGGGAAAUCAAUCACUGCACAAAAGAUCAUUCUGGAUUGGGCCUCUGGAGAGCUCUACGCUGGACUCUUUGAUGUAGUGUUUCAUCUGAGAUGCAAAGUGCUCAACGGGCUCUCUGGUGAGGUGAGCCUGCUGGAUCUCCUGAACUGUAGUUUAGCUCCAGAAGAGAUUGGUCAGAUCUUAAAAGACAUACCACAGAGGAUCUUGUUCAUCAUUGAUGGUUUUGAUGAAUUCGUGCUUUCAGGAACCAAAGUGUUACUGCCUCCAAAACCAGACAUCAAAUCCCAUUCACAGGCCAUUGUUUGCUCUCUUCUGAAAGGACAUAUGAUGAGAGAGUCCUUCUUGCUAGUUACUACGAGAUCCACCUCUGUAGACAAACUGGAGAUUGUUCUGAAAAAGCCACAGUGCUUUGUGGAGAUCAUGGGAUUUUCGGAAAAAGGAGUGAGUGAAUACUUCCGAAAGUUCUUUGAGGAUGAAGAGUUUUCAAGUCAAGUGUAUGAGCAGGUGAAGAUACAUGAGAUGCUCUACACCGCUUGCUUCGUCCCUGUCAUCUGCUGGAUCGUCUGCACAAUAUUCAAGAGAAAAGGGAAGAAUGGUGUUGCAACUAGCGAGUUGACAACAACCACAUCCAUAUUUGUUGAUUUUGUGCUCACACUCUUGAAACAUCACAGCAGUUUGAAUCCGCAUGACGAGCUCAACCUCCUCAAGAACCUGGGUCAGCUUGCAGAGAGUGGAACGCCAAAACGCCAAGUCCUUUUUUCCAGAAACAAUCUUCCAAAGGCAAUCUCAGAUUUACCAAACAUUCCCUUCCUGUGCAAAUUUCACCAUCAAGAGAGAAUUUAUCUAAAGGAGAUGUUUGGGUUCUUGCAUCUCAGCUUUCAGGAGUUCUUCACCGCUCUCUUCUACAUGUUAACAGACAAGGCAGAGGCGAAAAUAAAAGUCAGGAACCUACUGGAAUUAGCAGGCAAUGGGAGGCACAAUAAGCAACUCUUACCUGUAAUCCGGUUCCUUUUUGGUCUCUCGAACAAGAAAGUGAGCCGUUUAAUCCCAGGGGAACACACAAAGUCGACAUCUACCAUUAUUCUCGCAGAGCUGGAGAUAUGGAUCAGCAAAGUUAUAGAGAAGAACAUCAUGGAUACAUAUUACAUGAGUGAUUUCAUUCUUCAUUGUCUGUAUGAGCUGCAUGAUAGUAACGUACUGAAGAACGUCAUGAUGCUGUGGGAACGCUCAGGCAUUAACAUCCACUGGUCUUUGAAGGGGGUCGACUCUCAUGUCGUGAUGUACUGUCUCCAGUAUUCUUCACGCAUUAUAACUAUGGAAGUCAAAAGCAAUGCGAAAGAUCUAAAGAUGCUUCACCCUGUGCUUUGUAGGUGUACAAAUUUAUGGUUGGAUUUUGAUUCAAUAUCUGACGCUGAUGUUACCCUCCUGACAUCAGCCCUGGGGAGAAGAAAGAACGUGGGCUAUUUGACUAUGGAUGAUGGAGCCCUGUCAGAUGAAAGUGUGCAGAAGAUCCUGAAAACCCUCAAUGGACAAACAUCAGUGGGUAACAUUCGGCUGGUGAUGAGGAACAUCAGCAACACCAGUGUCGAUUUAACCAUGAAUUUUCUUGUUAAAGAGAUGACGGAAAGAAAGUUCAGUGUAUGUAUUGCCAGUCAAGCAGAAAACAUGGACAAGAGUCUUUGCUCAGAGUUCACUAUUGCAAGAAAAAACGAUUCCUUCUGGUUCACUGUUGGCCACUCAAACGGGCAUCAGGGUGAAAUCUCAGGAGAAGCUGGUCUUUGUUAUUAUCAGGGUUUUUCAAAAAUAUCCUUUGGUCUUUGUCCUUUCUCUGCAAUACCCAUGACUGACUUACUCAAGACAUCUCAAAACCUCAGGAGCUUCUCAGACAUGAAAAACACUGAGUUUGAUGUGAAUGUGGAUGCACUGCUGUCUUUCCUAAGUCAUGUUCCUGGUUUAACUGAGGUGGACAUACAAGCUGAGUACCUCACAGAUAUUUGGACUUCUAAGAUUCUGUCCUACCUUCAAGUCAAUCCAAAGAUUUCUCACAUAAAGUUUCAUUUGAGCAAUCUCAUGAUUAGUGAUGAGGAAAGGGUUUGUUCAACAUUUUCGGUCUCUAGAAAGCCAUUUGAAGAGUUCAAGAUGCACGACAGUGAAGAGAAAAAUCCAUCAUUGAUUCUUGCAAUGGACAGAUGGGCUUAUGAUAUAGCAUCUGGUAGCAAUGGAGAGUCGGUACAUCCACAUCGACUGGACAAACCGGCACUGGUGAAGCUCAUUCUCAGUUUCCCUCCUCUUAAAGGAUCUAGUGCCAGUUGGGAGGUUCUUUUCAAAAGGCUUUACCAACUCAUUCAGUUGACAGAACAAUGCCCAGAUUUGGAUGAGCAUAUGGAUUCUCUGCUGCUAUUCCUUCACUCUGUUCCCGGUCUGAAGGAAGUAAAAGUUUGGCUAAACAACCUGAUUGAGAGCUGGGCGGCUGGUCUGUUCGCCCUCUUUCUGUCUUGUUCUAGCUUACUUCACUUGCAAUUGAAAACCAGUAUGUCUCUUGUUAGUGAUGUGGAGAGUCUGGGUAUAAUGAGAGAUGAUGGAGUGAGGCUCUCUGUUGGCUGUAAUCAUCUGAAAUAUAUAGAUGACUUCUCUGAUAUCAACCUGUUUAAACCUCCAGAGCACAAAGUGCUUCCCUGCAUAAGCAUCACUUUAACAGAUGCCUCUGAGAAUGCAAAUGCUGACUGGAGGAGAUUCUUUCAGGCCUACAACCAGCUAAAAGACUUGACUGAGUUUUCUUUAGAAUAUGAUGAGAGUGUGAGUGAGCUAAUCUCUGUCCUCCACUCGGUCUCUGGUCUGAAGGAAUUGGAUCUUUUCUUCAGAUUCAUGACUGUGGAUGGAGCAUCCAGAGUCCUGGACCUCAUUCAGACAAACACCAGUCUGACUACAUUAAAUUUUGUGACAGUCAAGCGGCCUGAGAUAAGUAAGGCUAACAUCAAGAAGGACUGCAGGAAUGAAUUCUUCUGGGCUCGGUCUGCAGGAGAGAUAUCAGAUGACAGUGAUGAAGAUGGCAUAUCCCCUCCUCUCAGUGACUGCAGCGAUGAAAUCAACCAGAGUGAUUCUUAUGAACUGGACAGCGUGGAGCAUGUUGUCUGCUCAGAUAUCAGGAUGUGGAGGAGAUUAUCAGGGCAAUGCAGAGUGUCUUUGAAGUGCACCAGCUCCAGUCCCAGGACAAAGUCGUUGUUCUCAGAGAUAGAGCUCAUCCUGUCUGAAAACUCAGAAAAAUCUAGCAGUGACUGGAAAAACUUUCUAAAAGCAUAUAUCCAAUGCAAAGGGAUCUCUAUAGUAAGUCUUACAUUUGAGGAGAGUGUGGAUGCUCUGUUGUUGUCCCUGCACUCGAUGUCUGCUGUGAACGAGGUGCGACUGACCACCGACAGACUGACCGAGAACUUGGCUGUGAAGAUCUUCUCCAUGUGUCACACAGCUCCCAGUCUCCAUAACAUCUGUUUGCAGGUGGAGUACAGUAAUACACACAGUGAGCUCAGUGUGUGUUCCUCUCUCAACAUCACCAGAAACACAGACUCGACCUUGACAGUCGACAUUCAGUUGGCCAGUGAUAGCAUGAUUGAAACAUCUCCAUCAUUCAUUUCAUUCAUAUCGCCGUGUUCAGAGAUUUCUAAACUGGACGGACAGGAACUCUUUGAAACUCUUGACAUCCUUAAAGGUUUAGAAGAUGGAUGUGAAGAGCAUGAAGAGCUUGUGGGUGUUUUGAUGUCCACCUUGCUCUCCGUUUCUGGUCUGCAGAAGGUCAGACUCAAGAUCAGCAGUCUAACGGAGAACUGGAUGAAGAAGUGUCUGUUCUUAACUGAAGUCUGUCCCAGUCUUCAGGAGAUCAGAUUUGACUGCAUAGAAAGUGGUGGCUUGUUGUUGGAGGAGGUAGAGAGGAUUCUGCAGAGCUCUCAGAUGGAUACCGAUUGCAGGAUAAUUAUCACAGGGAUGAAGCGCAGUAAAGCCAUGAAUGGGUGCACUGCAGUCAUGAUGGACACAUCCAGAUCAUCAUCAGCUUGUGAUCAGAAAGUGAAAGUCAGCUUUUUCAGGGACUCUCUCACAAGACGGUUCACAAUAGACAACAUUGAGACAGAAGACACUAAUGACGACGACCCUGAAGAUGAAGACAUUAUCUUUUAUUAUUGAUGAAUGGCAGAAAAUUAAUCCAAUAUUAAGAUUGUUUAGUAAAAAUACUUAGUUCCAUAUAUUUCUAUUCAUCUUAAUAUUUUGAGUGACAGUUUUAUUGUCACACAAAUCUUUAGCUUUACUAAAUGU